GCACUGUUUGGGAAAGCGCGUCAAACACCCGCCAGUUUGAAUUCGAAAGAAGCGUCGAAUGUGUCGGAAAUAACUUAAUCGCAGAUAUGUCACAGAGUGAUGCAUUAAAUGAUGAUGACCUUGAGAAAUCGGGGGAAUCACUCAUUGAGUUCAUCAAGAGCAGCAAGGCAGAGAGCGCCCUUCAAGGAGCAAGAGAGAAGCUGCAGGAGUUCUUUGACCAUCACAUCAAGACCAAGAAGACCACAACCGAGAUCUUAAAUAGUCUUGUGCAUGCAAAGGAGGUGGUCAGCCAGAAACUGCUAAAUUUAGAGGGACAGCAGGGCCAGGUGGUGCAGGAGAUCGAGAGAAUGGAACAGGAAGUGCAAAGAAGCCUGUCCAAAAGUCACAACCUCAAAUCGGAGCAGGAAUUCUUACAGAGAGAGUUGGAAAGACUUCGAGAUGCUGAGCAAGAAAUUCAAACCCUGCAACAGGAAGUGGAUGAGGACACAACUGAGGUCAUCCCUUCAGCAAUAUACAUUGCUCAGCUCUUCUACAAAGUUACCAAGAUAAAGCUGGAGGUUGACACAGAGCCACAUAUACUGAGGGGAGUUCACUAUGGUGCUGAUGUGGCGACCCCCAUCAACAUAGACACAUCUGCCCGUUCCCCCUGUGAGGUUAGCGACGAGCUGUGGAGCCUGGUUAAUACCGAAUGGUAGAUCCGGUGCCCGCGUAAUCACUUUUAGUCGUCAAACAUUAGCCAAAAACAUCUGUUUGUUGUUUUUGUAUUUAUAUAUAUGGUUUCUGUGUCAAUAGAUAUGUUUUGUAUGUUUGUUAAUAAAUUUGACUCACAUGCUACUUUUGAGUCCCACACCACAAGAUGUCACUAAUCCACAAUGUUCCUCCCCCAUGCUGAAAAUGCACAUUUUGCAUUCCUGGAAUUGCUUUUUGUGAGUAUUUUGAUAUUAAGCUCCUCUGCAUUUCAGAGGAAUAAAUCAGAUCCUAUGAAAUAAUUUGAUGCAAACAUUUUUAUACAGUGUUAGUAAAGAUAAAUUAUACUGAAUUAAAUAUUCUACUGUUAAUACUAUUAAUCCAUAGAGAGUUUGGGAGGAAAAUAAAUAUCCUCUUAAAAAGACCUAAAGCAUAUUUUAAAAUACAGAGGCAGAUGGGUUGUAUCUUGCAUUAAAUCUUGUGAAUGACCAUAGUGUUUUUUCUGUUUCUCUUUUGGUGUGAAUAGAUCGCCCAUUGAAAGUUUGUUUCACUUUUUCGUUUCAUUCUUAGUGUGCUUAAGCCUACGUAGUUCUUUUAUUUUUGCUGGCUAGCAUCAUGGAAGUAAUAUUAAAGGAAUAUUCUGGGUUCAAUACAAAUUAAGCUGUAUUGCUGCAUUUAAACCCUCCAAAAAUUGGCCCCAGUCACUUCCAUUGUAAGUGCCUCACUGUAACUGAUUUGUGCUGUCGAUUGAGCUUAAUUUGUAUGAAACCUGGGAAUGUUCCUUUAGUGAUUUAUUGACUGAUUCAGGGCCUUAAGUCUAAAACAUUAUUCACCACUUGAGACCUAAAAACUCUGAAACUUUUGAGACGUCCUGAAAUAUAUGAUGCUGUAUAUUUUUAUAAGAUGUAGUGGAGUGAGACACUCUGGUCAUGAUUCAUGUAGAUACAU